UGCUCUGUGUUACGUGGAGGAAGAAGCUACAUUUGCCUGAAGGGUUUGUAGUCUAAAUUAGACAUCUGAUAAGGAUCAGGGAUGUGAUAAUUCUAGUGGGAUAGAUAAAGUCCAAUAUUAAAAUAGCAUAGCUUUCUAAUUAAAUUUCCUUCAGCUUUGGUUUAAUGGGAAAAGCUUCUGAAAGUUUUUCAUUCCAAUCGCUUCUUAGAACUAGGAUAGAGUAUUUUUGGAAGUAAGAGUUGGCAAAGAAUAUUAACAAAAGCCAGUAAAUGGGGAAAUAAGGAUGAGGAAGAAGAUUUAAGACUAGAGUAAAUCAUGAGAAGAUGGGAAGGGGAUACAAGAGUACAGAUACCAACAGAAGCAAAGAUAGGCAUUUUGAAAUGUGAGCCAAGGACUUGAUCUGGCAGAGGAACAGAAGAACCGUGUCAGGAGAUCCAAGUGCAAUAAUUAUAUGAAAUCUGAUGGCAGAAAAAGUUGUUAAUUAGGUAGUAUAAAACAUAGAAGUUUUAAAAGUGAACAAGAGUACUGAGCAGAAUUUAAUUGCCAUAGUAGGGAAAGUAUUACUUUAGUAAUGCUUUAAAAGAGGAUAUGAAAACUUUUUAGGUACCCUUGACAGUAGAGUUCCUGUCUUAGUGCAAUGAUCUUAUGAAGUAUCGGGAGCUUAGUAAUGAGGGCGAGAGGCAGAAAAGGAGACAUGCUGGGAUAGUGCUGAGAUAGUAAGCCCAUGAGAUAAAGGUGGUGAUGGAGCUGUCUGCAGCGCUGGAAUGUGGGACAGAUCAGGCUUGGGAACGUGUACAGCCAGAAGGGUUUUUGAGUGGGAUGCCUGGGAGGAUAUUUGAAGAGCAAUCCUGUCUGGAAAAGUGUUAUGAAACGGGAGAGUGGAGUUGAGGAGCAGUCGGGAAGCUGGAAAUGGUUGCCUGACAAAAGGCAUAAAGUGAGAUUAGGAGAUUACUUUAGAUUUGGAAAGAAGUCUGGGUACGGAGAAGCAACAGGACUAGUGACAGAAAGUGACACCUUUUCUGCAGGAGGUUACAUCUCCCAGAAAGAAUUCCUCUGUGAAGGAGUGACUCACUACAGAGAACAGUUACAACACAGACAUGUGAUGUUCCCAGCCUCCUUCUCUGAAAGGAUGAGAAGAAGCCUUGUGUGACUAUGCAGGAAGGGUAGAGGGAAACAUGCGCCCUGCUCCUUCAGCCUGUAUCUCCAGCUCUGUCAGUUCGUUCGGUUUGGUGACAGCUGGUAGAGUCGGGGAGAGGUUCUUGCCUGAGGUGCAGCCAUUCACUGCAGUAGAACAUGUCUCAUGGGAUCUAGGAUUAGAAUAAACUAAAGACACACCUUUUUUUUUUUUUUCCUUUGUAUUCCCACCCAAUUUUAGUUCUAAAUUUUCAUAACUGCUGAAUAGUCAAAUCCUUUCUUUGCAAUUCUGAGAGCAGAGGAGGAAAAUGGGAACUCUUAGGAUUACUGUCUGCAGUUUCUGUCCUAAGAUCCUGAGCAUAACAUUAGGAAGUGUUUGGGGUUUUUUUUCCUACAAUCCCAGAUAUUUUUUUUUCUUCUCACUCUGAUUUUUGAGCCUGUUUCUCUUGAAAAGCCUGAGGUGUUUCUUACAGCUUGAGGAUAUGCCCCUAAUUUGUGCUGCCUUUUGAAAAGGGCCUUGAUCAGCAUAGUGCCUAUUAGCAUGAGGAAAAACAUAAUAGGUCUGGCUUUGAGAGAAUACUGUAGACUUGGUGGCAUGGGAAAGGGAAACAGAUGGGAGGUUGCCAUUCUGAAUGUUUAACAGUGAAGAAGCGUGAAAGGAUGCUGAUAGACACAGAGGAAUGCUAGUGUACUCACAUUUAUGUCACAAAUUCUCAAAUAGCCCACGUCUAACUCUUAGUGUAAUGUGGGAGAAGGUAGGUAGGCGACAGGAUCAAGACUCUUGAUAAGUAGUUGCCCUGCAAACAGAUGUAGGUUUAAUACAUUUUGAAUUGACAAGUGUAUUCAUGCCGUGUUCCAUUGGUGAAAAUACUUCUUUCCUGGGCAUUGAUAUGGAAACAAGGAAGGGCUGAUUGGUCUGGUUGGUGAGGUUACUACCUUUUACUGUCUUUACUAGGCUUUGAGAAGGACUGUGGUCCAGGGUCCCUGGGUCCCACUUCUGUCCUAUACUUGUCAGUGUUGACUCACAACCAGCUGAUUCAUGGCUGGUUAAGACAUCUCUACUGAGAGGAGGGUGGUAACCUUCUCAGCUGUCGCAGUUUGGACAGUCAUUGCCCAUGAAUCAAUACCCAAUGUUGGCUUUUGAUCACUGCAUUUUAGUGUAAGAAAGAAUUCAGACCUGUAGUCAGCACUACUUUAAACAACUGAAGAUUUUUAGCCUUUUUUUUUUCCUUUUUCCUUCAGGCCCAGAGUUCUAUUACCCAUGGAGCAGGUGGAUGUUCUACCUGUGUCUCAGCUCCUCUGGAAGGGCAGUUGUGCUGUUUCUGCAUCUUUAUCAGAUCUGUUAAUUUCUAUGCUACAAGUACUCAAAGGCUUCUCCCCUGCCUAACAGGGAAGAAAAACCUUGCUGAUACCUGCCUUCUACAAUUUUCCACUGCAAAUUCUCUGCCUUGAAAUUACUCACCUACUCACAAGAGAAACUCAUUGUUUCUCUGACAUUUCUCUUAUUUGUGACCUGCCUUCUCUGAAGUAGGAGAUGAGAAACUGUAAUCUUUUAUUGCUCUCCAUGCAAGUUCCAGGCUAGAACAAGAGUUAAGUUUUUCAGUCAUCAUCUGUGGAUUUUUUUUUCCAAGCUUCGUUCUUACUUGCUAUGGUCUGUUCUUUACCCACAGCUCUUUAGAAAACUGAAACUGAAAAGGAAUGCCCAAAAAUAAGUAAUUCCUGUGACAUUGUAUGGUAACAUUCUGUUGAUUGUUCUGCUGGAGAAGCAAAGUCAUGAGUAAUAUUCAGCUUUUCUCCUUCCUCCAGCACCAGAUAAUGAGUUUUUGAAAAAGGGCCCAUGACCACUUUCUGUGCUGCAGGUAUUUUUGAGCGAGCUGGCAGGGAGGAGGAGUGGCAGGUACUUGCCUAAUUUUAACACUUAAAAGAAAAACAUGUUUAGCUUAAUUGGACACACAAAUCUAAUGUGCUUACAGUAUGGAGCUAAUGGGAGAUAUGGGGUGAAUUCAACCUAUGUGCCAUCCAUCAGUUGUAGGAUAAAAGUAAACAGCACUCAGAGAGAAGCCUCCGAGCAAGGAAGGGAGUGAGACAGAAAUGGCAUCUUUGGUGUGUACAUCUUGAGUUACUCACUCAGGCAAAACAGCUUCUGAGCUCAGGCUUCUGAUUAAGUGACUGGGACAGCUGCCAAAACACCUAAAUUUGUUAGCUAAUGUACUGCAGUUCAUUGGUCCUGCAGGUUAAUCUCAGCAAGGUGUGAUGCAUUAUCUGGGUUGUUUUGGUCUUUUUCUUGAACAAUGUUGUAACAGCAUGGUUUUCAUCCUGUAUUUCAAGGUCUUAACAUAAAUGUGGCUGGGAUGUUAAAACUGCCUAUUAAUGUGUUGUGAGAAAAGAGGGCCAUCAGAAUUGUGCAACAGGAGACCAGAUAUACCUUGAGAGCCAGCCUUUCUGACCUUGCAGUCUGUGUACCAAAGUCUUCAAGGUAUAUCCUAUUGGGCACCGUUCCCUUUAGAGAUAAGUAGAAUGAGGAGAGGGUCAUGGGAGGGAAAGGACUGUAACUUUUGCAGCCUAAGGCUGGACUGAGCUGGGCUUGCAGCAAGGUCCUGCACUAUCCAGCCUAAGGGGCCCUUGCUUGCAGAAGCUCUGUGACAAUGUGGUGAUGCUGGUUACUUGGUGGUCCUAGCAAGUAAAGACUCAUUUGAACUACUUAAAUGAUGAGGCUUGUAAAUACAAUGCAUGGAUUUUCCUGCUAUACUAUUUGGUAGCAAAUUAAACUCAAUUUCUACAAGCAUGAACUCCAGGACUCUGUAUGUUCUUACACUGUAACCAAAUGGAAGUUAAUUUCUUGAUUUUCAGAUCUGAAAAGACGUGGCACAACUACAUUUAUGUAAUCUGUAUAGUGGUAGCUGUCGAGUAGAACUGGGAAGAUUUCCAUUGUUGCUGUUUCCAUUAAAAAAAAAAAAAACAAAACUUGUUUUUGCAGCUCUCUCAGCCAAACAGCAAAAGCCACCUAAAAGCCUCAUAAAAGUACUAGAAACCAUAACUGAAAUUAAAUGAAAAUGCUGUCCAUUCCUAUGAAAACUUUGCAGCUGGGAUUUGGCAAACCUUUUGAGGCUAAUGAAGUGAAUAACUUAAUCCAAAAUCUUCUGCUUGACAAACUAACAAACAAAAAAUGUAUAAACCUGGAAGCCAGCUAGGGUUAGUUAUUGUACUAGCAGAUAGUAAUAAAUGAAAUGUGCAAAACUAAGUCAAGCUUUUACCAAAUACUGAACUGGCACGUGCAACGUUGAGUUGGAUACAAGGAUAGCUUUGUAAGUAAAACUGCAAAUGUCUGGGAAAGGGAAGUGAAAGGAGACAACGAGAAGGAAAUCUUCAAAUCUUGUGAGUAAAAUAUAGAAGAGGAUUGGAGAGAACAAGAAAACACUUUACCUUACCAGAAAUGAAACAUAAUUCUUUGGAAUAUUUUUGUGUCUAUCUCUGGAUUCCAUGUGACAUAGCCUUCUCUCUUGAAAUCUUUGUGGACACAAAUGCUUCACAUGUUGAAUCCACUUCUGGGAGAAACUGAGACGCGCUGUCUCUUACAUGUGGGUAACACUUGCAGAGCUUGUUUUGCCAAUGAAAGUGUCUUUGAAUUGCCUGUGGUGGGAUGUGACACAAGUUCUGAUGCAACAUGAGAGUCUUUGCAAGUGCAGAUUUUGAUGAGAGCUCUUCUAAAAUCUCUAGUAAUUUUGUUUUCUUGUUGCUGUUGUGAAUUGGUUCUUUGAUUUCUGUGGUUCUCUGUUACAUGAUUGAUAUUUGAAAAUGAAGUGUCUUCUGUCUGAUUAAGAAAUUUCAUUUAUCCUUGGAGGCCUGAAAUACUGGCUUCUCUAGUAGGAGAUAAACAGUAUUUCAAACUGUCCCUAAUUAUCACCCACUCUCUUCCUGCAGAUCCAUGUCUAGAGGCGCUACAAGAAACUACUUCUGAAGUACAAAUUGCAUUUUUGAUGUCCUCAAACAAUAGGCUGGACAAUGACUUGCUUGAAGCAAAUGCAGUGGCUUGCUUCAGGUUACAUUGGAAGUCACUUGCAGUUACAUUUCUAAAGCUGCUUUGCUGAUUUGGAGUCAGGUUUGCACGUGUAUGUCUGUUGGAUCUGCUUAUUGAUUUAUCAACAAGUAACCUGCCAAACAGUGAAACCAGCGAUACCACAGAUUGUAUGUUGCUGGCAAGUAUGGACUUCAUUGAGGAAUGGAGAGAGACAAGGCCAACCUAUUUUUUUCAUUUGGCAAUGGUUUGCUGCUACUUCUCUUUGUCUUUAAUGACAUUUGGAAGGACUAGCCCUGGGAACAACAGGAGGCAUAACAAGCAGCACCGAAUGCUCCUGUGGACGCAAUCACUUCACGUGUGCAGUCAGUGCUUUUGGGGAAUGUACAUGCAUCCCGGCUCAGUGGCAGUGUGAUGGAGACAAUGACUGUGGGGACCACAGCGACGAGGAUGGCUGCAUGCUGCCCACUUGCUCCCCCUUGGAUUUCCACUGUGACAAUGGGAAGUGCAUCCGCCGGUCGUGGGUCUGCGAUGGAGACAACGACUGUGAGGAUGAUUCUGAUGAACAGGACUGCCCACCACGAGAAUGUGAGGAGGAUGAGUUCUCGUGUCAGAAUGGGUACUGCAUCCGCAGCCUGUGGCACUGUGAUGGUGACAAUGACUGUGGAGACAACAGUGAUGAGCAGUGUGAUAUGAGGAAAUGCUCAGAGAAGGAGUUUCGUUGCAGUGAUGGCAGCUGCAUAGCUGAGCACUGGUUCUGUGAUGGUGACACAGACUGCAAAGAUGGUUCGGAUGAAGAGAAUUGUCCAUCAGAUGUUCCAGCUGCCACCUGCAGCUUGGAGGAAUUCCAGUGUGCAUAUGGACGCUGCAUCUUGGACAUCUACCACUGUGAUGGCGACGAUGACUGUGGGGACUGGUCUGAUGAAUCUGACUGCUCAUCUCACCAGCCAUGUCGCUCUGGGGAGUUCAUGUGCAACAGUGGCUUGUGCAUUAAUGCCGGCUGGCGGUGCGAUGGGGACUCUGACUGCGACGACCAGUCUGAUGAGAGGAACUGCACUACAUCUAUGUGUACAGCUGACCAGUUCCGCUGUAAAUCAGGGCGCUGCGUCCGUUUGUCCUGGCGCUGUGAUGGGGAAGAUGACUGCUCCGACAACAGUGAUGAGGAGAAUUGUGAAAAUACAGGGACCCCUCAGUGUGCUCCAGACCAGUUCCUGUGUGGGAAUGGGCGUUGCAUUGGGCAACGGAAGCUCUGCAAUGGAGCAAAUGAUUGUGGAGAUGGCAGUGAUGAGAGCCCGCAUCAAAACUGCCGUCCACGAACAGGGGAGGAGAACUGCAAUGUCAACAAUGGUGGCUGUGCUCAGAAGUGCCAGAUGGUACGAGGGAUGGUGCAGUGCACCUGCCAUACAGGUUACAGGCUUCUGGAAGAUGGCCGGUCAUGCCAAGAUGUGAAUGAAUGUGCUGAGGAAGGUUACUGCAGCCAAGGCUGUACCAACAGUGAAGGUGGCUUCCAGUGCUGGUGUGAGCAAGGCUAUGAGCUGCGCCCUGACAAGCGUAGCUGCAAAGCUCUAGGGCCAGAGCCAGUGCUGCUCUUUGCCAAUCGAAUUGAUAUCCGGCAAGUGUUGCCUCAUCGCUCAGAGUAUACACUGCUCCUGAACAACUUGGAAAAUGCCAUUGCCCUUGACUUCCACCACAGCAAGGAGCUGGUAUUUUGGUCUGAUGUCACCCUGGAUCGCAUAAUGAGGGCUAAUCUGAAUGGUAGCAAUGUGGAAGAAGUGGUUUCUACAGGUCUGGAGAGCCCAGGUGGACUUGCUAUUGACUGGAUACAUGACAAAUUAUACUGGACAGACUCUGGAACAUCUCGAAUUGAAGUAGCAAACUUGGAUGGUACUCACAGGAAGGUGCUUUUGUGGCAGAACCUGGAGAAACCCCGGGCGAUUGCCCUCCAUCCUAUGGAGGGCACAAUCUAUUGGACUGACUGGGGCAACACUCCCCGCAUUGAGUAUUCCAACAUGGAUGGCUCUAAUCGGCGCAUCAUUGCGGAUACACACCUAUUCUGGCCCAACGGACUGACCAUUGACUAUGCAGGGCAUCGGAUGUACUGGGUGGAUGCCAAACACCAUGUCAUCGAGAGGGCUGACCUUGAUGGACAGAAUAGGAAAGCUGUUAUUAGCCAAGGCCUUCCACACCCAUUUGCUAUCACCGUGUUUGAGGACAGUUUGUACUGGACGGACUGGCACACCAAGAGCAUUAACAGUGCCAACAAAUUCACAGGCAAGAACCAGGAAAUCAUCCGAAACAAACUCCACUUCCCUAUGGACAUUCACACACUGCAUCCUCAGCGUCAGCCAGCAGCAGGGAGAAACCGCUGUGGGGCCAACAACGGGGGCUGUACACACCUGUGCCUGCCGAGCAGCAAGGAUUAUACCUGCGCCUGCCCCACUGGCUUCCGCAAGACCAGCAGCCAUGCCUGCGCUCAGAGUAUUGACAAGUUCCUGCUUUUUGCCCGAAGGAUGGACAUCCGUCGGAUCAGCUUUGACACAGAUGACCUGUCAGAUGAUGUCAUCCCCCUUGCUGAUGUGCGCAGCGCAGUGGCUCUGGACUGGGACUCAAAGGAUGACUAUGUCUACUGGACAGAUGUUAGCACCGACUCAAUCAGCCGAGCAAAAUGGGAUGGAUCAGGCCAGGAGGUUGUGGUGGAUACCAGCCUGGAAAGUCCAGCUGGACUGGCAAUUGACUGGGUCACCAACAAACUGUACUGGACUGAUGCAGGAACAGAUCGAAUAGAGGUCUCCAACACAGAUGGAACCAUGAGGACUGUUCUGAUCUGGGAGAACCUAGACAGACCUAGAGAUAUUGUAGUGGACCCUGUUGGAGGAUUCAUGUACUGGACUGACUGGGGAGCCAACCCAAAAAUUGAGCGCGCUGGUAUGGAUGCUUCAAAUCGCUUGGUGAUCAUUUCCUCCAACUUGACGUGGCCUAAUGGCUUGGCCAUUGACUAUGAGUCACAGCGCUUGUACUGGGCAGAUGCAGGCAUGAAGACCAUUGAAUAUGCCAGUCUGGAUGGCAGCAACAGGAAGGUGCUGAUUGGGAGCAAUCUGCCUCACCCGUUUGGACUUACUCUUUAUGGCGAGAGAAUCUACUGGACAGACUGGCAGGCCAAAAGCAUCCAGAGCGCAGAUAGAAGGACUGGGCAGGCACGGGAAACGCUUCAGGACAAUCUGGAGAAUCUUAUGGAUAUUCAUGUUUUCCACCGGCAUAGGCCACCAGUACGUACACCAUGUGAAGUUAAUAAUGGAGGCUGCAGUCACCUGUGCCUUCUGGCACCUCUUCCAAAAGGUUAUAGCUGUACCUGUCCUACUGGGAUCAACCUACAGUCUGAUGGCAAGACGUGUUCCACUGGAAUGACCAGCUUUCUGAUCUUUGCCAGAAGGACUGACAUACGGAUGGUCUCUCUGGAUAUUCCCUACUUUGCGGAUGUCGUCGUUUCAGUCAAUGUCACCAUGAAAAACACCAUUGCAAUUGGAGUGGAUCCUCAUGAAGGAAAGGUUUACUGGUCAGACAGCACACUGCGAAAAAUAAGCCGGGCUGCCCUUGAUGGCUCCAAAUUUGAGGACAUCAUCACCACAGGUCUGUUGACUACAGAUGGGCUGGCCGUGGAUGCUAUUGGCAGAAAGAUAUAUUGGACAGAUACAGGAACAAACCGUAUUGAAGUGGGCAAUCUUGAUGGCUCUAUGAGGAAAGUCUUGGUCUGGCAGAAUCUGGACAGCCCACGGGCAAUAGCCUUAUACCAUGAGAUGGGCUAUAUGUACUGGACAGAUUGGGGUGAGAAUGCCAAGCUGGAACGCUCUGGGAUGGAUGGCUCAGGACGCGUGGUUUUGAUCAGCAACAACCUGGGCUGGCCCAACGGACUGGCAGUGGAUAAGGCUGGGUCCCAGCUGCUCUGGGCUGAUGCACACACUGAGCGUAUUGAGGCUGCAGAUCUCAAUGGUGCUAACCGCCGCACCCUGCUGUCCCCAGUGCAACACCCCUAUGGCCUCACUUUGCUGGACUCUUACAUCUAUUGGACCGACUGGCAAACUCGCAGCAUUCACAGGGCUGACAAGGACAGUGGUGCCAAUGUCAUCCUGGUGAGGGCAAACCUGCCUGGCCUCAUGGACAUUCAAGCUGUUGAUAGAGCACGGCCCCUAGGCUUUAAUAAAUGUGGAGUUCGUAAUGGUGGCUGCUCUCACCUUUGCUUGCCUCACCCCACUGGAUUCUCCUGUGCCUGCCCCACUGGCAUCCAGCUGAAACGAGAUGAGCAGACUUGUGACUCUUCUCCAGAGACAUACCUGCUUUUCUCUAGCCGUGCUUCCAUUCGUCGUAUCUCGCUGGAUACCAGUGACCACACAGAUGUGCACAUCCCCGUCCCCGAGCUGAACAAUGUCAUUUCUCUGGACUAUGACAGUGUGGAUGGCAAGAUUUACUACACAGAUGUUUUUCUUGAUGUCAUCAGGCGGUCUGAUCUGAAUGGCAGCAACAUGGAAACUGUUAUUGGUCAGGGCCUGAAGACUACAGAUGGUCUGGCAGUGGACUGGGUUGCUAGGAACCUCUACUGGACAGACACAGGACGCAAUACUGUUGAAGUAGCUAGACUGGAUGGGAGCUCCAGGAAAGUGCUAAUCAACAACAGUCUGGAUGAGCCCCGAGCCAUUGCUGUCUUUCCCAAGAAGGGGUACCUCUUCUGGACAGAUUGGGGUCACAUUGCUAAAAUUGAACGGGCAAACUUGGAUGGCUCUGAACGUAAAAUCCUGAUCAACACUGACCUAGGAUGGCCAAAUGGCUUGACCUUGGAUUACGACACCAGAAGGAUAUACUGGGUGGAUGCGCAUCUUGAUCGCAUAGAGAGUUGUGAUCUCAAUGGGAAGCUACGGCAAGUGCUGGUCAGCCAGGUGUCACAUCCUUUUGCUUUGACACAGCAGGACAGAUGGAUAUACUGGACUGACUGGCAAACCAAGUCUAUACAGAGAGUGGACAAAUACUCUGGGCGGAACAAAGAGACGGUCCUGGCCAAUGUUGAGGGGCUGAUGGAUAUAAUUGUGGUUUCCCCUCAAAGACAGACAGGUACCAAUGCUUGUGGAGUGAACAAUGGAGGCUGCACUCACCUCUGCUUUGCCAGAGCUUCUGACUUUGUCUGUGCAUGCCCAGAUGAACCGGAUGGGCGACCCUGUUCUACUGUUCCUGGUGUGGUGCCCUUUGGUCCCGAAAUCACCAGUGAGAGAAGUCAGACACCACCUGGCAGAAUAGGUACCUCAACAACCAAGCCUCUUACAUCUCUGGAAGAAGAGGAAGGAAACUGCUCUGACAAAGACGCCAGGGGAGGCUUGUGUACUCAUGCCAAUGAGGCAGUAUUGGCAACAAUGGGUGAGGGACUGCAUGUUAGCUACAUCAUUGGAGGUCUUCUCAGCAUCUUGUUCAUUUUGCUGCUUAUUGCUUCUUUAAUCAUAUAUAGGCAUAAUAAAUCCAAGUUCACAGACCCUGGCCUAGGGAACCUAACCUACAGUAAUCCCUCGUAUCGGACAUCUACCCAGGAGGUGAAGAUUGAAACAAUUCCCAAGCCAACAAUGUACAACCAGUUAUGCUAUAAAAAAGAGACUGGUCCUGAUCACAGCUACACCAAGGAGAAGAUAAAGAUUGUGGAGGGGAUAUGCCUUUUAUCCAGUGAUGAUUCAGAGUGGGAUGACCUUAAGCAAAUUCGGAGCUCUCGAGGAGGGAUCCUCCGGGACCAUGUUUGCAUGAAGACAGACACAGUCUCUAUCCAGGCUAGUUCUGGUUCACUGGAUGACACUGAAACUGAGCAGCUGCUACAGGAAGAACAGUCUGAGUGCAGCAGUGUUAACACAGCAGCGGCCACUCCUGAGCGGCGUGGCUCACUCCCAGACACAGGCUGGAAACACCAACGCAAGCCCUCCACUGAGAGCGAGGUCUAAAGUACAUGUUGCUUUAGAAACGCUUGAACCCUCCCUAGCCUCUGUUCUGCACAAAAGAAGACAGGACUCUGCCUGGCAAGCAAGGAAGGGCCCAGAGACUAGCUCCUCUUGUGAGGGGCCCAGAGACUGUGACUGCCUUUUAGCAAGGAGCUUGUCAGCUGUGCUGUUGUGGUUGAAGAGGGAGGAUGGGUGGGUUGGAUGGAACCCAGAGACCCUUUCGGCUCAUUUUCACUGUGUCUGUGGUUUAUUUAUAUGUUCUCUUUUCUUGGAAGCUGCCGUUUUAACUUUUGCAGUGACUCCUCUGGCCUGAAUCUGGUCCAGAUGCUGAGUUCUCUGGCAACCUGCAAGUCCUAUGCUGUCCAGCUCACAGUCAAUGCCCAUGAAGACAGCGCAGCUGCCAUUAUGCUAGCUGCUGGUCACAGAAGUUCCCCUAGUCAUUCCAUCAGUAGCAGCACUCUUGAAGGCUUUGUGAUGUUGGGGCUGUGCUUGGAGAGAUGUCUGGGAGUAUGUGGGAUGUACUCUGGGGCUCAAGGGGACAGUGGCACAGCAUCAGGGCAUAAAGAGGCUAACCACAGUUGUUGCAAUGACCCACUUCAUGGAAGCAUCAUUGCUUACGUUCCCAUCUGCUAAGGAAUUCUCAGAUUGGAGCACAGUGUCUGUUGCUGGCAGUGGGCACUGCUCCUAUUCUCCCCUUUCUCACUGAAAAAAUGUUUCUACUCCAGAAAAUAAGUCAGCAAGUGGCCCUUUCAGGACUGCUCCCAGUGGGUGCAGGAGUCAAGGGUGCUGUACUUGAGGAAAGUAUGUUCUUAGUUCUAGAGGAUUAAUGUGAGGAAAUGAAUCUCAGCCAGAUCUAAAUUUUACUCUUGCCUUCUUUUUUUUUUUUAAUUUGCUAAAUCUCCAUUGAUCCCAGUUCUGCAAGAUCCCAGUUCUCUUGACCUUACUGACUUUUUUUUU